UAGAUGGAAAGAGCUCGAUUGGGCAAGAUUAGCUACGAUCGGCCUAUGAUCAUUUGCCUUGUGUGGCAGUAAAAGUGUCUUCGAGUACAAGUCUAUGGAUCCAUGCCGAGUGUCAGGACAUGCAAUGCUUUCCAUGUAGAUCUGUAAGCUUGUCUGUCAUUCUUCAUCCAGACAAACAACUUGGGAAUGUGCAGAUGUGACGCUGGAGAUGUAGUGGUGAGUUUACGAGAGCUAGUGCAGCUGGUCUUACUCAUCUGCUCCGUAGAGCCAUCCACCGACUUCGAACAUACUCGGACAUUCGAAACUUGCCAACAAGUAAACCGCUGAAAUUGGCCCCGGGCUUGUCAUCAGAAUUGGUCGUGAAGCCACGUGAAGAAAGAAGUGGCAACUUCUCACUGGAGGCUGAGACUGACCUUUAUCUCACUGACAAGUGCUUCUCAUGUUAAAUUUCAUGUGAUUUCCAGUUGCGGGACACCAACUGUGCAGGCAUUCGUUGUGUGUGCGUGUGUACUUGAAUCCGUACGCUGUUGCCAGAAGCUGAAAAUUGCACUACAUCUCAGGCAGAAAGCAAACAUCAGGAUGCCGCCUGUUUGGGAUGCAGAAGUUCCCUCGCCUUAUGAGUAUGGACGUCAAUCAGGAGAGCUGCUGGACUCUAUAGCAGAUUUGAAAUCUCAAUUGCAGUCGAAGUAUGUGGAGCAGAAUGGCGUGGUCAGCUCCCUUAAUGAGCAGUCGCAACACGAAAAUGGUACAACAGACCCUGACGAUAACGAUAUUGGCUUGCAAGAGAUCAUCGUGGACGGCUUGUGCAGAACGUCGGACAAAGAGGUCCCAUAUCGCUUUCUCUACGAUGACAGGGGAUCUGAGCUGUACGAGUCCAUCACCCAACUCGAAGAGUACUAUCCCUUCAGGGCGGAAAUUGAUCUUUUGAAUGAAUUUGUCGAAGAUAUCACUAACCACAUCCCCGAUGGAAGUCUUAUCGUGGAGCUUGGGUGCGGUUCUGCGGUUAAGACAGCCCAUCUUCUCAAUGCUCUGAUAGCUCGCCAUGGGAGAUGCCGGUUCGUAGGAAUUGAUGUUUCCGAGUCUUUCCUGAACGAGGCACGCUGUAACUUGAUGCUCUUAGUUCAGGGCCAUCUGACAGUAGAUCUUGUGCCUGCUGAUUACAUCGGAGGCCUGGCGCAAGUUAGAGCCAAGUAUCCAAAUGAGUCGCUGUGUGUAGUCUGGCUGGGCAGUGGAGUGGGCAAUGUUUCGCAAAAAGAUGCCAUUCACUUCUUUGGGGACAUUCUGGAUGCAGUGAAAUCACGCUGUCGGCUCUUUCUCUGUACCGACAUGUGGAAGAAGGAAGAAAUCCUGCGUGAUGCGUAUCAAGAUAAGCAUGGCGUCACAGAGGCAUUUAUAAGAAAUGGCAUGAGUCAUGCGCUUCGUAUUCUGGGCCAUGAAGCCUCGACAGCCGAAGAGCUGUCGUCGGUCUAUGAAGUGGACAUAAACAAGCAGCUUAAGCAGGUCGAAAUGUACCUCAGGUUUCCCCAAGGCCUCGCUGUCCCUGAGCAUGGAAUCCACAUAAGACCGGGAGAGAGAGUGUUGAUGGAGAUCUCGAGGAAAUUUACCCGUGAGUCUAUUCAGAAAAUGACUGAGAAUGUAGGUUUCCAUCUACAGUCGGCAUGGCACAACCAGACCUAUGGCUGUCAAAUGCUGCUGGAUGAAGCUGAAGCCAUCACUCAGUGCUGGCAGGAUACCGAUGUUUUGUUCGAGGGUAUACUGGAUUGGAGUUUGAAGCCCAUCGAUACCCGACAUCCAUUUUGCUUUUACUAUGGUCACCUUGCUGCUUUCGCAAAGCUAAAACUAUUCGCCGACGAGCCUGCUGAAGACAUAGACAUCAUGUUUUCAAGAGGGAUGGACCCACUCAUCCUCGAUCCUUCUCAAUGCCAUAGUCGUCCGGAAACACCAGCUGAAUGGCCUUCCCGAGAUCAAAUCGUCGCCUAUGUCAGUGCCACUAGAAAGAAGAUUUUGAAAGCUCUUCACGCAGGACAGUUCAAAGGGAACCAUAAGCUCAUCACCUUCGCGCUGGAGCACGAGCGGAUGCAUCAGGAAACUCUCUCAUACAUGAUGACGCAAGACAGAAAAGCUGCCUUCGAAAAGACCAUGGCGGCUGUGACUGCUGCACAGCUGCCGCCCACUCAUAUCAGCUCGAUCGAUCCCCCUUCCACCAUGUCCAUCAUCAACGCUCUAGCCAAAUCCAAAAUGGUAACCAUCGAAGCAGGUCCGGUGGUUCUGGGAUCUGAUCCGAAAGAAACUGGAUUCAUGUGGGACAAUGAGUACCCCCAAUUUUGUACCAGCACGUCGAGCACUUUUUGGGUCAGUAGCAGGCCCGUUUCCGUCGGGGAUUUUCACAGGUUUGUCAAAGAAGGAGGGUACGAGAACGAGAAAUUAUGGGACGCCGAAGACUUCGCUCACUUCCAGGAGAAAGGCUACAAGUAUCCAGCGACGUGGUCUCUUGUGGAGAAGGAAUUUUUCGUCCACGAGUUUCAGUCCACUAAUCACUGGUCCAAGGUCGCAAAUCAGCCGGUGUUCGUUAGUUUGUCCGAGGCAGAAGCUUUCUGCAAGUGGUUGGGAUGCAGAGUAUUCUCGGAAGCAGAGUAUCAGAGGGUGUUGGAUGUGGAUCCUGCCGCAGAGUUAGUCCUGCAAAUGAGAGCCGGUGGUUACGAGUGGACAAGCACACCAUUCCAAGGAUUUCCGGGAUUCGAGCCCAUGUCAGAGUAUCCUGAAUAUUCUGCUGAUUUCUUCGACGGCAAGCAUUUUGUGCUGAAAGGAUCGUCGCCUGUCACUCAUCCCUCACUCAAAAGGGAUUCCUUCCGAAACUACUACCAGAAGCAAUAUCGCUACGCUUUUGCUAAAUUCAGAUGCUGCCGAUAAUUUUCUGACCGCUGAGAAGAUUUUUGUCUCCCUACUUUAGCUCAAAUAAAGACCUGGCGACCAAUACGGUUGACAAAAAAACCCCCAUCGACCGAGAGACAGCUAUAUCGCUAAACGGUAUAACUUUCAAGAGUGUAAUUUUUUAGAGCCGAAAUUAUGUGCAGAAUCGGAUUGUUUAUAGGAUGAAAACUGUCGAUAUUGUCGAGUAAGUAAAGAGGAAAAUUUGUUAAUAUAGUUCCUCACGAAAUUGGAUAUAGCUCUCGUGUUGACUGCUGUACAUUGUUUCGAAACACUUGGGUACAAUUUUCCAAAAUUAGUCGCU